GAUCACAAUCACCUACUCGGCCAGACUAUCGUGUGAUUAUCGGCGUGCCCAGACGCGACGAAUGUGGUGGUAGUAAACCGAUUUCACGAUUUCUUUGGCGAAUUUCCUCAUAAAUACAAACGCACCAUGGGAUGAAUGGCUUUGAGUAUUGCAAUGCCGGAGGAAUGACAACGCGAGUUGACUUCUUUUCUAGCAUGAGAAAAGUGAAAGUGCAAACAGCACGCUAGAUGGCGAGUCAUUGGAUGAUGAAAAAUUGGUUCUUGCGAUAUCCUUCAUAACCCCUCUCUAUAUUGUGCGAGGUGAUAAAUAUACCCCUCAUUCAAGCAUUCAAACAGUCCGAUGAGACUUUUGACACCAUUUACGACGGCACGAGAAUAGAAAACGAUGACGGGGAUGAACUACCACCGGAAUAGAUGGGCUGUGGGAGGAUCAUAUUUCCAAGCAUUUGCUAUAUAAACCCUUCUCAUUAACCAACAAGCAAUACUAUCAAAAAGACAGCUAGGUCAAGAACAUCUUAGAACAAGCAGACUUAUUAAAGAGCACCCGCCCAUACAAAACGAUCUCACCGACAAUUCACCAUCAUCAUGAAAUUCCAAUACUUGUGUUUUACAUCAGCCGCGCUGGCCAUCGCCAUCAUGGCAGCCCCGAUCAUUGAAACCAACUCACUGGCCGCACAUGAAGCCAGUGUUCCUCGGGGGUUCUUUAAUAACAAUGAUGCAGGGUCAGAUGUGAAACGGGGAUUUUUCAAUAAUGGAGAUUCAUCAGUUGCUGCAAAAGAAAAGAGAGGAUUUUUCAACAAUAACGAUGCAGGAUCUAGUGAAAAGCGGGGAUUCUUUAACAACAACGACGCAUCAGAUUCCUCGAAGACCAAACGAGGAUUUUUUAACAAUGGCAAUUUGGUGGGCGCUUCAAGACGUCAUGAAGCAAAAGAGCGGGGAUUUUUCAACAACGGGGACUCGGUGGCAGAGGCUUCAAAAUGAGAUGAGAUUGAUGAUGGGUACUAUUACACAUACACAGAUAGUAACAAGUAAAGAAACAGAAAAUCAUGGACUUCUCAGUCAGAAGUUGAGGAUAUGAGGAAAUGGCAGGCAUCUUCGCCGUGGGUGGAAUUGUUGGGCGGACUAAAGGACGCACGCGACUGUGUUAAUACAGUAUUGGAUCUUGUCUAUUUUCAACAAAUGACAAAUAUUAUUUCUUCUCCAUCAUGCGCGCAUAAACCGAUCUCAAUCUUAAUAAUGACACACGUAUCUCAUUGCAGAAAAAAGUCUCACGAAAUAACAAAGGAGAAAGCAGCGAUUAAUUUAGCGAUAUUGAGUAACAAAGAACCAUGUUUAGAGACGUAGGCUGAAUACUCAUAAUUCGUUAAAUUAAUAUACA